CAACGAGGACUCCAUUCUACAUGUUGCAACAAAAUUCAAAUGGAGGGACUUUGCUAAAAAAUUCAUCAGCUUGAACCAAUCACUUAUUGAUCUGAAAAAUAAGAAAUGUGACACUCCACUACAUGUUGCAGCAAGUAUAGGGUGCUCGGACAUCAUAAAUCUCCUAAUAGAUUGUUCAAGUUCAGAUAUUUUGGACAUGGUGAACAUAGACAAGGAUACGGCACUACACCUUGCUGUGAGAAAUGCUCAACACUCGGUUGUGAAGUUACUAAUUCGCCACAAACCAAGGCUAGCUAAGAUGGUGAAUAAAGCCGGAGAAUCUGCACUCUUUCUUGCUGUAGACAGAAACAAUUACGAUACUGCUAAUUUCAUCUUAGCUGAAGUUCGAGAAUCAAUAUGCUAUCGAGGAAGGGACCGCAUGAAUGUGUUGCACGCAGCCAUCGUUCGGAUGCUUACAAAGAGGCGAGAGAAGAACUUCUUAUAUACUGCCUUAAUUAGAAGGGUUGACCCCUCCCAAGUUCCACAUAAAGACUACGAUGUAGCAGUUUUUAAUUUUCUGUCGGCGGUGAUAAAAGAAGAGCCAAAUUUAGCCUCGGAAGCUGAUGAUUUUGGGUGGACUUCUCUGCACUAUGCUGCACACUACGGCAGUGUGCAAGUCGUGGAACUGUUAUUACAAUAUGCAGGUUCUUCGGCAGCUUACAUAAAGGACAAGGAAGGAAUGUCUACUCUUCACAUUGCAGCCGAGCGAGGCCAGCUCAACGUAGUGGAGAAGGUGGUUUCAGAAUUUCCUAGUACGUACGAACUAUUGGACAAUAAAGUCCGUACGGCCCUCCAUGUGGCUGCGGAAACUGGGAAAAGCUUAAAGACACUCAAUUUUCUGAUUUUCAAAGUGCCUGACGAUCUCAUAAACAAGCAAGAUAGCAGGGGCAACACGCCGUUGCAUCUGGCUACUGUCCACCCACGUUUCGAAAGACUACUUGCACUGGCAUUGGAUAUAAGAGUGGAAAAGGGGGCUAUUAACAAGGAAGGCCUAAGUUGCUUGGAAAUUCUUAAAUCAAAUGCUAUCAAGAGUCCGUUUAUGAAGAUCUUGAUCCCUAAGUUUGAAGACUUUGGCUAUCUACCAAGUUUGCAGUAG